UCUAUGCUGUGAAGACUUUUUGCAUUCCUAUCAUUAUAACUAAAUAAAAUGAGUGACUUUUAUAAAAACUGAUAGUGCAUUCCGUAAAUGAUUUACUGAAUAUAAUAAUUUAUUUUACUGAAUGUGUGUAAUAUUAAGCUAAAAGCUAUGCCUUUGGCAAAUGCCACAGAUCCUUGGCGCAUGCAAAAUGUUGGAGAUGUCUCGCGCGGCAUCGCCUCUCAGGCAGCAAACAGUCUUCCAAUGGUUGUCGAGAAUUCAGAGUCUCGCCAGACCUCUACUACAGAGAGUCUGGAAUCUACAAUAUCAAAUACCAGUGAUCUCAGCUUUGAACGGGAGGUGGAACUUCAAGAUGUUGUUAAAGAAGGGCAUGAAAAAGCAGAUCCAUCACAGUUUGAGUUACUCAAAGUCCUUGGAGAAGGUUCAUUCGGGAAAGUGUUCUUAGUGCGUAAAGUUAGUGGGCCUGAUGCUGGCACUUUGUAUGCUAUGAAGGUACUUAAGAAAGCAACUUUAAAGGUUAGAGAUCGUGAAAGAACAAAGAUGGAAAGAAAUAUUUUAGUAGAAAUGGGACAUCCUUUUAUUGUUAAACUACAUUAUGCAUUUCAAACAGCUGGGAAAUUAUAUUUAAUAUUAGAUUUUUUACGUGGCGGUGACCUAUUUUCGAGACUUAGUAAAGAGGUAAUGUUCACUGAAGAGGAUGUAAAAUUCUAUUUAGCAGAGUUAGCAUUAGCGUUAGAACAUGUGCACAAACUGGGAAUCAUAUACAGGGAUUUAAAGCCAGAGAAUAUUUUAUUAGACGCAGAUGGUCACAUAGCUCUCACAGAUUUUGGUCUGUCCAAACUCCCACCGAGUAGCGACAAGGCUUAUAGUUUUUGUGGCACUGUUGAGUAUAUGGCACCUGAAGUAGUUAACAGAAAGGGGCACACUUUUGCAGCCGAUUGGUGGUCGUUUGGAGUCCUUAUGUUUGAAAUGUUAACAGGAAACCUACCUUUUCAUGGUGCAACCAGGCAUGAAACAAUGACACAAAUACUAAAAGCUAAGCUGGGCAUGCCGGCCAACCUUAGUGAGGAGGCACAAUCUUUAUUGCGUGCAUUGUUUAAGAGAAAUCCACAAAACAGAUUGGGAGCUGGUCCAAAUGGUAUAGAAGACAUUAAGAGCCAUGAGUUCUUUGCAAGUAUAGACUGGGAAGGACUUUUGAAAAAAGAGGUGGUGCCCCCGUUCCGUCCGGCGGUGUCCCGCGCGGACGACGCGUACUACUUCGACUCGGAGUUCACGUGCCGCACGCCGCGUGACUCGCCCGGCGUGCCCGCGUCCGCCAACGCGCACGAACUGUUUCGGGGUUUUAGUUUUGUCGCACCAUGUCUGCUAAAUGAUGAUAAUAACAAAACUGUCACAAAUGCAAACCAAAACCAAAAUCAUGUUGCGCAAGCUAAGACAUCCACUGAGGAGUUUUGGUCUGGGAUUGUCAACAAAAACAAUUUCUUUGAUGAAUACAGAUUAAUGGGCGAGCUAGGUACAGGUUCAUUUUCAGUAGUACGUCUGUGCGAACACAAAACUUCUAGGACACAGUAUGCAGUCAAAAUAAUGGACAAACUACAGUAUGAUCCUAGAGAAGAAAUUGAAAUACUUCUAAGAUACAGCCAGCACCCGCACAUAAUAACCCUGCGCGGGGUGUACGAAGAGGGCGGGCGCAUACUGGCGGUGACGGAACUGUGCCGCGGCGGCGAGCUGCUGGAGCACAUCACGCAGCGCCGCCACCUCAGCGAGCGGGAGGCCGCGCCCAUCCUGCGCAACGUGCUGCACGCCGUGCACUACCUGCACGCGCACACCGUGGUGCACAGAGACAUAAAACCAUCAAACAUCCUCUUCGCUCGAGCGGAAAAGCGACCAGAAGACAUCCGUCUAGUAGAUUUUGGUCUGGCCAAGCAACUGCGGGCUGAAAACGGUUUGCUGAUGACUCCGUGCUAUACAGCCAACUUCGUGGCUCCCGAAGUACUGAAGCGAGCUGGAUAUGAUGCUGCCUGCGACAUAUGGAGUUUGGGUGUAUUGGCCUACAUAAUGCUGUCUGGUAGAACGCCAUUUGCCACAACUGGUGACGACACGCCCGAGGCAAUACUAGCCAGAAUUGAAUCAGGAAAAGUUGAAGUAUCGGGCGGUGCUUGGGCGUCAGUAUCAAGCGAGGCUCGCGCCUGCAUUCGCCGCAUGUUACAACUAGAACCGGCUUUACGUCCACGAGCUUCGGAGUUAUUACAUGAGGCGUGGCUAUGUAAACCACCAAGUGAUAGUGGACCUGCUAAUGUAGCACAAACUGCGGCUGAUACCCCGCCUGCUGCUGAUUUGAGACGAGCUGUGGAUUUGACGUUCCAGGCGAUGACGUCAGCACCGCUAGCUCCCCAUGUGUUGGGUCCCGUGAGCCAGUCCACGCUCGCACAGAGACGCAUAAAACCACAGCGCAGAUUCUCGCCUACACGACUGUAAAAAAAAAGAAAAAAGUGGAAAUAAACUU